AUGGGAACAUUUGUGGCAGAGAUGUGUGCUGCGUAUUGUGUGCCACUGGUCACAAAGCCUUUAUCUGACGAAGAGUUUGAAUUGGCCUAUGUACUUCUCAAGGAUUUUGCAAAAUCUUUGACACCAAUCGCUGUGCAGAGACUUGUCUUGCCUUCUAUCCAGAAGAUCUUACUGACCACAGGUUACUCGCAUUUGAAAGUUUCUCUUCUUCAAGAUUCUUUUGUGAGGGAACUAUGGAAUUGUAUUGGAAAGAGAGUAUAUCUUGAAAUGAUUCAUCCUCUAGUCAUAUCAAACUUGUACAAUUCUCCGGACGAGAUUUCGGCUUCUGCAGCUUCUGUGCUGCUGUUUGGUUCCUGCGAGGAGCUUGGUGUCCAUGUUACAGUCCAUCAGACUAUACUGCCUCUGAUUAAUUACUUCGGAAAAGGGAUAUGUACUGAUGGGAUUGAUGUGCUGGGAGAUUGUUGGGCUUGA